AGGAACAGCAUUCGUUCCUUUAUUUUCUUAACACCCGACGUUACGUAACAUGUCCUGUCAUAUGGGGCAGGUGAGGGAUGUCGCUACCGAUUAAGAUGUUUUAACUAUGUGUCUGGCUGUUAUUGCAAGGUUUGGACCAUCGUGAACACCAGAACGGUACCGGCGCCAUCGCUGGAAAGUAGUUGCCAAGGUUACAAGCUACCAACCGACCAGUGGGAAUGACUUUGAAGGUUGAAAAGCUAAACAUGGCACCAAGACACUUGAAACACUUUAAGAUCACUGCAUCGUCCUACGUUAUAGUUAUCGGUGCUACACGAAUGUUUUAUCACACCUGCCUUAUGAAGUAGCGCUUGUUAAAUUUUUUUUGACAACAAUGGCUUUUCUACGUGGUAACUUCUUAAGAAACACGUCCAGUUUUUACUUUCACAUGAAUUUGACUCGACAUUUCCAGCUCUGUAAACGAGCUGAUUUUCCUCUGAAGAAGAAGAAGACCCCGUUCUCAGUAUGUUCUCCAAAAAUCUCGUCUAAUUUGAGAGUCUGUGCAACUAGACAGUCUUUUCCAAUAUGUGGCAACGUGCGGACGGCGUGUUCCCGGAUAGGUUCCGUCCAGACACAGUGGGGCCACCACUUCCACACCUCCUCCUCCUGGAGAGCUCUUCCUGCUCCCCUCCUAUGGAUGGUCCUCAAACCUCUGCAGAAGCUUCUGGCUAUACUACUGGGCAGGAGUCUAAGGAAAUGGUGGGGCUCUCUACCAGACAAUCGCCGACAGCUCGUGCACGAAUGGCUCCGGAGGCGCCGCUGGCAUCUGGCGACGGGAGCAGGAGUUGCUUUGGUGAUCGUGGCCCUUCUGCUCCUAACACACCUGGAUGAGUCCCCAGUGACGGGGAGGAUCCGCCUCCUGGUGUUCAGCAGGGAGAAGUACAUGGAGCUGGCUGCUCUGACUUCAGAAGCGCACCUGGAGGAAUUUGCGGAGCUGCUUCUUCCUGUCACUGACCCGCUUCACCAGAUGGUGGAGCAGGCGGUGCAGCUCCUAGCACAAAGGAACAAGGACAUCCCAGAAGUGUCUGAAGUCCCCUGGAGUGUUCAUGUGGUAGAAAGUCCCCAAAUCAAUGCCUUUGUCCUUCCAAAUGGGAAAGUGUUUGUGUUCACUGGGAUGUUGGGAGCCGUGGCAGAUCUGGACCAGCUCAUGAUUGUACUUGGACAUGAAAUGGCUCAUGCUAUACUGGACCAUUCGGCAGAACAGGCCAGCCUGUCUCAUGUUGUGGACCUCCUGUCUCUUAUUGUGGUGACAGCCAUCUGGGCUCUGUGUCCCGGGGACAUCUUGGCAGUGGUGGGAGGCUGGGCAAAGGACAAGCUCACGGAGCUGAUGUUCAACCAUCCCUACAGUCGUAAACUGGAAGCUGAGGCAGAUCAAGUUGGAUUGCAUUUAGCUGCUAAGGCUUGUGCAGAUGUGCGAGCAGGCCCCGUGUUCUGGCAGCAGAUGGAACUUGUAGACAAUCUUACAGGGAAUCCCACUUUACCCGAGUGGCUGUCGACACACCCCUCACACAGAAACAGGUCCGGUCAGAUGGACCGCCUCAUCCCACAGGCUCUGGAGCUGAGGGAAACUUGUUCAUGCCCCGCGCUCUCUCCUAUUGACCCUCGAGUUGUCUUCUCAAAGACCGUCAGCGAGUUGCUGGCAAAAGCUAAGGAGCAGGGGGUCGGAGGGUUGGAGGGGACGCACGAGCCACAACCCGUUUCUGCCUCCGUAGCACUGCCGGUUUCUCAAACGGCGCUCGCUUCUCCCUCAAAAGUGGAUCGGUUUAACAAAGACAGGGUCCCUGCUGUCACGUCUCCUCUCCCCACCGCUGCAGGGGAAGGAUCCCAGCAUGUGCUGCAGAACACCAACCAGCAGGGGAGUUAAAACCCAAACAAACCUUCAACAAACUUCACACACUCUAUUGACAAACUUGCUACAGUUUGAAGAGGCAGGAUUAUGUAUUGUCCAGACACAUGGUGUCAUUUUAUAGCACAAUCAAGUAACUACGUUAGUUUCAGUCGUUAUGAAAACGCUGUAUAAAUCAAACAUGGCUUGAAAGAAAUUUGACUUUGCGAUCUUACGCCUUGAAAUUGGGCCUCUGUCUCUUUAAGAAGCUCCUGCUUUUACAAAGACUCCGCCUUCAACACGUCAUCCCAACAACAGUUCUCCUUUAAAGCUUUUACAACAUUUUUACCAGCUUUUCACUGAGAAGUACUUCAUGCGAUGAGCUCAGCGGAUGCACAGUUCCAGCAGGUGUUUGCUAAUUGCUGCUGCCGCUAGUCUGAAGGAGAUAGCUAGCAUUUUGCACCUCUGAAUGAUUGCCACGGGAGAUUCAAGGAUUUCUCAAACAUGCAUGAAAGAAUCAAAGCAACUCUCCUGGUGUGUCUUUGAUGAAGGAAAAACAUUAUAAAAUUCGAAAAAGUCCAAUUUACAUAAUACUGCCCCUCUAAAGCUUUUUGUUUCUUUCCUACAUCUAUAUGCAGCCUUUUAAAGUGGUCCCUAAGUGCCCAACACUUUAAGAUCCCAACCAUGAUAGUCUUGGCCACAGUGGAAGAUGGUGUUUGAAAAAGUUUUCCAAAAACAGAUUGCUGAGAGUAUAAUAAAUAAUUGUUUUUUUUUUAAAAUGGGGCAAAAAGUCAGCAAAACCAAAUUGAGAAUGCUGUCCAUGUCUAGUGUCCGUAAAGAUGCCACUUUAAUUAGCUAACCUUGACCAGGGAAAUGCUGCAUUAAUUAGCAAAGCUCCCAUACUUUGUGAGAUUAAUAUGUGCAUUAUUCAUCGAUGCACGGAAACAGCCAGGAAGAAGCACUUAGGUGUGCAUGUUUGAUGCUGCGUCCAUAGCGAGGUGAGGUCUUCUGCGUUCCGGCUGCGACCGUCGCAUUCUCAUGCAGCACACACCCUAUGCACUUUAUGCAUUUUCUAGCCUGGGGGACCUAAUCGGACGAAUUGAUGCUGGCCUGAUUUAGGACGCAGCCCUCUGCACAGGAAUACCAAUGUCAAGGUGUUGAGCUUUGAGGGCGGAAGAAAAAAAAAAAUGAUGGGACUUUUUUGCUUUUAAAACUCUCAUUUAAUAAGGCAAGCAGAGUGAGAAAACAUUGGUAUUUACAGCAACAGCCUUGGGGAGCAGUCACGCACCGAGCAGGGGAGGGCAGUUAUGGUUCAAAGCUAAUGGUGUUCUUUUAUGUGCGAGUGUGUGCUGAAAUUAAAUGGUACACUUGGAUACACCAUGAAAUCAAAUUCUACAACUGUGUUAUCAUUGCUGAAAAUUGGUUUAUUUACGUUAUGCUUUUUAGAUUCAGACCCAGCCAGCAAAAAGUUUUUCCAUGUAGCUGGUGGUGGCGGCAGGAGUUUGUGCUUUAACCGGUGGGUUGUGGGUUCAAACCCCCGCUUUGUCCGGCUCAGUUGUUGGGCAGGACACGUCACCUGCCUUGUCUGGUGGUGGUGCGUAGCUUCAGCCCCCGUGGCUACAAACCUGUAGCUUACCACCAUCAGCUUGUGAAUGUGUGUGGGAAUCGCUGAACGUAAUGUGAAAUACUUUGUAGAAACUGUAAAGAAACUGUUUUCUUUCAGCAAUUCAAGAGAAAUAUGUCCUGUAAACGCUUUUAUUAAAUUAAAAUUGUACUUGAAUCAA